AUGAAGUUCUGUGAUGAUUUGGUGACGAAUGAAGAACAGAAGAUAUAUUACUACCACAACAUGUUGAGUGCAGAAUAUAGAGAGUUCAUAACCCCUUCAAAAUAUGAGACCCAUACCGAGAUCAUUAAUGCAGCUCGGGAAAGGGAGAUCGAAUUGAAAAAGAGCAUUGAACGGGGUGAACGGAGGGCGCAAGAGGUAAAUCCAAGCCCUACCAAGAAAGCACGAACAAAUGAAACCGCGAAGAAAUCGGAUACGCAAGUAUAUUCAAAGAAUGAAGCUGAGCAUGUGCAUCAUUUGCAAGAAGUGUUAGAGACACUCAGACGAGAAAAGCUCUAUGCGAAAUUCACAAAGUGCGCCUUCUGGCUACGAGAGGUGCAGUUUCUUGGGCAUAUCAUUAGUGCGGAUGGAGUAUUAGUGGAUCCGUCAAAAGUAGAAGCUGUGUCGAAAUGGAACACUCCAAGGAAUCCUUCAGAAAUCCGAAGCUUUUUAGGGCUCGCGGGAUAUUAUCGAGAUUCAUACAAGAUUUCUCCAAAAUUGCUUUACCUUUGA